GCGUCACCCUCGCGGCGCAGCGACUGACAGCGCGUCCAGCCACUCGGGACUUUUGUUGAUAUUCCCAGAUGUCGCUGAACUUUGCUUCAUUGGUCCGUGUUUAUUAAACGGGCCACGGGUCGAGUCGGGGAAAUUUGCAUGUCCUUCACUCCGCUCGCCCCUCGCGCUACAAGAGUUUGCAAGAAAGUGUGUCAAGUCAGAUCAAGGUGAACGUGCUGCAGCCCCAGCAUGCGUGAGCCCACUGUUACUGUGUCUGCAGCCCGCAGAUGAGGAAACCACCCUGCGUGUGAGCUCUGCUGUGUUUACUGCUGUUUGGGGGGUCUGUAUUGGAUAACAGGAUGACAGGUGACGCGGUGGUGUGGAGGGGGCUGGCCUGGAUGAAGCAGGUGGCCAGCAGGGGCCAAACAAGUGGCCUGCACUGCAUCAGAAGUCAGGGGCUAGUAAACUUCCAUCACGCCACCAGCUCAGCAAGGGAGGCAUUCAGGGAACAGCGUGACGUCUGCGUCCACAGAGCCACCGCGGCGCCUUUUCACACAUACUCGACUCUCGGGCCGUGUUUCAGCCCCUCUGACAGUAUGAACGCCGGACGGGGGACGUGCGUCGGACGACCGAGCACCAAGCGGCUCACGUACCAGAGGAACUGGUCGAGUCGAUUUUUCUCUGGACACACGAGGUUAUUUAACCAGGACAAUUCCACAGUGGGGAGGCUGACGUCAGAGGACAUUGAUAAAGCGAGAAACAGCAAGAAAACGGACUCCAAGCAGCAUAAACAAAUGCUCAGCGAGCGAGCCAGAGAGCGGAAGGUGCCUGUCACACGGUUAGGGAGGCUGGUGAACUUUGGAGGUCUUGCCGUUGGACUCGGCAUCGGGGCAAUCGCUGAAGUGGCCAAGAAGAGUUUAAAGCCCCAGCAGCAAAGUGGAGAUAAAAAAGCCAUACUGGACUCAAGUGCCUUCCUCUCAGAGGCCAACGCUGAGAGAAUCGUCCGGACGCUGUGCAAGGUCCGAGGCGCUGCGCUCAAACUCGGGCAGAUGCUCAGCAUUCAAGAUGAUGCAUUUAUCAACCCUCAGCUGGCCAAAAUCUUUGAGCGUGUUCGACAGAGCGCGGACUUUAUGCCCACCAAGCAGAUGAUGAAAGCCAUCAGCAGCGACCUCGGCCCGAACUGGAGGGACAAGCUGGAGUACUUUGAGGAGAAGCCGUUCGCCGCUGCGUCCAUCGGUCAGGUGCACUUGGCGAAGAUGAAGGAUGGCCGAGAGGUAGCCAUGAAGAUUCAGUACCCCGGAGUCGCCAAGAGUAUCAACAGUGACGUGAAUAAUAUCAUGGCUGUCCUGAGCUUAAGCAAUGCGCUGCCUGAAGGUCUGUUUCCCGAGCAUCUGAUAGAGGUUAUGAGCCGUGAGCUGGCGCUGGAGUGCGAUUACAUAAGAGAGGCCAAAUGUGCCAAAAAAUUCCAAGAGCUGCUGAGGGAUCACCCUUACUUCUAUGUGCCCGAUGUGAUUGACGAGCUGAGCAGCCAGCACGUCCUCACCACAGUGCUGGUGCCCGGUUUCCCCCUGGACCAGGCCAACGACCUCUCCCAGGAGCUCAGGAACGAGAUUUGUGAGCAAAUAUUGAUUUUAUGCUUGAGGGAGCUUUUUGAGUUCAGGUACAUGCAGACAGAUCCGAACUGGUCCAACUUCUUCUUUGAUCCACAAACUCACAAGGUUGCACUAUUAGAUUUUGGAGCCACACGGGGAUUUGAUAAGAGUUUUACUGAUACUUAUAUUGAGGUUAUCAAGGCAGCUUCUGAGCAGGACAGAGAGGGCGUGCUGCAGAGGUCCAGAGACAUGAAGUUCCUCACGGGCUACGAGACAAAGGCGAUGGAGAACGCCCACGUGGAUGCAGUGAUGAUCCUCGGAGAAGCCUUUUCCUCCGAGGAGCCCUUUGACUUCGGAGCGCAGAGCACCACCGAGCGCAUCCACAGCCUCAUCCCGGUGAUGCUGAGGGAGCGCCUCACCCCGCCUCCGGAGGAAACCUACUCGCUCCACCGCAAGAUGGGCGGCUCCUUCCUCAUCUGCUCCAAGCUCGGGGCUAAAAUUCCCUGUAAGAACAUGUUCCAGGAGGCCUACGCCAAAUACUGGAAGGACCGCAAACCAGAGGCGAGCCGCUAGAGACGGCCACCUUGUGAGAGCAGAGGGGUUUCUCAGAAGAAUGAUGAAGGAACAGUUUACCCAAAAUACAACAGAAAACAACAUUUACCACUGGUGCAGGACAGUUUCCACGUGACUUGGCAGCCAAAUCGCACAGAAACUGCAGUAAGAGGAAGUAGGGGAAAAAAAUUUACUUGUAUUUUGGGUGAAUUGUUUCUUUAACCCCAGGAUCUUCUAGCAUCCUCAUUGGUUAACAAUUGAACAGACAUUUUUAUUUGAUGUCAAAUGCCUUGGUCAGAUACAGUUAAAAAGACCGCUGGUCCAUUGAUUAUGGGAAUUUAUCAUGCAAGUGAGUCAUUUAUCAGGGUUUACUGGAUCAUUAAGUGAACAGUCAGAUUUUUUUAUGAACAAAUAGAAAGCUCCUCCAGGGGGAAAAAAAUGUCUGCCAGUUAAGAACAGUGUCAUAUUUGUGUGCCUUAUAUUCCCUCGCUCUUAUAAGCUCCAGUACUCCCAUCAUGACGACAAAUACUGGACACACUCAACAGAACGACAUUAUUUUUUUUUUUGUCUUUUUUUUUUUCAUUACUGUGUGACUUUGUAUGUUUUGUCGGAAUGAAUUCGUGAGUACAUCCCGUCUGUCGUUAGCCUAUAGUUGUAAAUACCGACGUGCCUGUACGGUUUGAGGAACUGUAUCCCAUCUGAUGGUGAUUGUCAUUUGAAAUAAAUUGACCGUGAUGCUGCAACAACA